UCUCGAGUUGGAUUCUGUGUGGGCCCCAGUGUCAGCCUCGGUGGUGAGUGGUCGUGUACGAUCCGACGUGGACUCGCGUGGGCCCGGGGCGUCAGGCGCGGGAGCCGUUCGUUUUCCCCGCGGCUUUAUCCACACGAGGAGGGAGAGAAGAGGUGGAGAGGGAGAGGCGAGGUGUAAAGAGGCGGAACAAUGGCGGCGGCGGCGGCGGCGGCGCAGUGGUGCGGCGCGGCUGGGCUAGACAGGUGGGUGGGCCGGUGGCGGUGUACCUUGUCGCCGGCGGCUCUGCCGGUGCCGUCGCGGCGGACGAGGAGGAAGGGCGGGGUCGUCGGCUGCGUGUCCGUUCCAAGGGAGGUCGCCGCGGCCGCGGCGGUGGAGCCGGCGGCGCCGCCGGAGGCUGAGGCCGAGACAGAGGAAGAAGGUGUAGAGUGCGAAGGUUGCAACGGCGCAGGGUGGCUGCUCUGCGACUUCUGCAAGGGGAAGAAGAACAACGUCAAGUCGGAGAGCAGCCGGAUCUACCGCCGCUGCCCGACCUGCAAAGCCGCAGGGUACAUCCUUUGCCCAAGAUGCAGGGUCUACAAAUGCAUCACUUAUCCAGAGAGCAAUGACUCAUGAACAGAAGUGAAACUGAUCGAGCUGGAAAAUCUGGAUGAAGAUCUGAUCCUUUUGAUGAGCAUGCUUGAGUUGAGUGGAUAGACUGCACCGAUGAAUAUAGAACAACCGCACAGCUCUGAAUCUGAUUGUACUGCGCAUUGAAGCAAAAUGACUAUGUACACAAGUGCAUUCUGCAUAGCAACAUAUGCUGUUUAUUGUA